UCGUAGUCUUGUUUUGAUUCCCUCGGGAUUAGUUUGGUGUUUAAAUUCGUUUGAUAUAGUCUAAAAAUGACAGCCAUAACAUUACAAUUUUUACAGGAUUUAUUGAAACACGAUUAUCCAGAUGUUACUAUUGAAGAAUUUCAGGGCGCCCCCGGGUCGAAACGUGGAGAUAACUAUACAUCUAUGGUGUACCGUAUAACACUUAAAGGUUACAAAAAAUUCUUAAAUGAAACCGAGCCAUGGUCUGGCUCUAUAAUUUACAAAUGCCUUCCUGAAAGUAUGUUGCGCCGAAACUCAUUUAAAAGCGACGAACUAUUUUGUAAUGAAGUUGCAUUUUAUACAAAAAUCUGGCCAGCUCUGUCUUCUUUUCAAGACCAGUGGAACUUGCCCAAACCUUUCAAAAGUAUCCCUAAAUGUUACCUUGCCCAAAAUGAUUUAGUUAUUUUAAAAGAUUUGAAGGAGAUGAAUUUCGUGAUGCCCGAUAGGAAGCAAGGUUUGACGGUGGAUCAGUGUUAUUAUGUGUUGAAAAAUUUAGCACAAUUUCAUUCUCUUUCACUGGCUAUGAAGUGUUACAAUCCAGAAGGAUUUUACGAUUUGCUAAAUAUUCAGGACGGAAUAACUGAAGUGUUUUUUAUUGCGGAAAAUGAAGAAUAUUACAGAAGUUAUUACACUGAAGCUACGAAAAAUGCAAUUUUUAUGGUAGAGCAGGAGCUGAGAGACUCUUCUGAUAGAGAUAAAUACUUGACAAAGCUCAAGGACUUUUGCAAUGAGGAUACCUUUUUUCAAACGAUGGUUGACAUGGUAUCUCCGAAGGAACCUUUAGCAGUCAUAAGCCAUGGUGACUGCUGGACUAAUAACUUGCUGUUUCGCUACAAAGACGAGCAAAUUGCUGAAAUGUACAUAGUGGACUUUCAACUGGCCCGCUAUGCAUCGCCAGCCUUAGACUUGUGUUAUUUGAUUUAUCUAUGCCUCGAUCGCCAACAACGAGCUGAUCAUCUGACGUCGUUACUAGAGUACUACACAGAUGAACUGUAUGAACGAGUGGUGUCAAUGAGUGGCGCUACUGCAUUUGACAAAGAUACCCUAUCAGCCAUGAUUCAAGAAGAGUUUCGCCUUAGUAGUCGCUUCGGUCUUGGGACAGCUUUAGACAUGUACCCAAUCAUGACGUGUGACAGUAAUGAAGCACCUAAUUUGUAUCAAGCAAAGGACAGUGAAACAACUGAACCUCAAGAAAGCGUUAAGCCCGUUCACACCUCCAACGAAUUAUGCCGAAAGAAAAUGACAGACUUAGUCAUAGAAUUAGUUGAUCAAGGAUUGUUAUGAAAUAUUUAUACCAUUGCUGGCUGUACAUACUCAAAAGCCUUUCGCUCAGUACUAACCGCUUGGGGAGAAUACGCCAGGCAUCGUUGUAUCAGUUUAAAUGCAAACACUAUAAAUGGGACCCUAAGAUCAAUAAAGACGAAACCAAACAAGAGCCAUGUACACUCGCUCUUGGCCUAUAUUUUGGUGUCUCGGGGCGAAUGUAUAGCCGCCAUUAGAUUUUAUUUUAAAUACCUUAAGGAGGUUUAAUAAAACAACAAUCGUAGUAUA